GACGGAAGUAGUACUGAACCGGUCACCAUCCCUCUAACCCGGCCAGUGUUUCGCAAGGACAGGACACCGGAGGAGUGGGCCCAACUCUCGGACUCGUACAGAGUCAAAUAUGGCGCUCAAUCCAAGCUCAAGUCCCGCGAACUCGUCACCAUCUCAAUGACCAACCAGCAGGCCGACACGAGCUAUUAUGGGGUCAUGCAAGUCGGCACUCCGCCCCAGCCAUACACCGUCGUCCUCGAUACUGGCUCAGCUGACCUGUGGAUCAGCUCUGCAUCUUGUGCUCGAUGCGCACAACAAACGACUGGAAACUUGUUCCAAGAAAAUGAGUCGUCCACAUUUCAACAAGUGUCGGGCACGCUCGACGUCAGCUAUGGGUCUGGUCGAGCGGCGGGCGCACUCGGACGAGACGUGGUCACCAUGGGCGGUUUUCAGAUCGCUGAUCAGGUCUUUGGCGUGGCCACCCAAGUGUCCAAUAGUUUUUUGACCGGUAACUUGUCGGGCUUGAUGGGCCUUGGCUUUGAGAGCUUGGCGAGUACCGGCGCAACGCCUUGGUGGCAACGAGCCAGUAGCGCAUGGACCAAUCCCCAAAUGUACCGCAAUACCCGAGGAGCCAGUGGCGAUGACGAGCCCGGAGGACAAUUUACGAUGGGUGGCACCAACUCUUCGCUCUACAAUGGCGAAAUUAAUUAUACCUCGCUCACGAGGGCGCAAUAUUGGACAAUCCCCAUGACCUCUCUCGGUCUGGUUAAUGGCGAAUCGAUCUCGCUCAGCGGUUCGACCGCCAAUGCCGCAAUCGAUACUGGCACGACCUUGAUUGGUGGACCCUCGAGCGUCUUGGACCAAUUUUAUGCCCAGAUUCCCGGUGCCACCCGUGGUUCUUCUCUCGACCCCAACCUCGAAGACUAUUAUCUCAUUCCCUGUGACACGAAUGCACAAGCCGCUCUUACCUUUGGCGGAGUAACGUACACGAUGACCGCUUCAGACUUGAUCGGUGGCAGCUAUUCGAACGGGGCCUGCCUCGGCGCCUUUUUCAGCCUCAAUCUCGGUUCCGGAAGCUCACCCAUCCCGAGCUCGUCCAGUUUCCCGACCUGGGUCGUCGGCAGUGCCUUUUUGAAAAAUGUCUACACUGUCUUUCAGGCCAGCCCGGCCGCGGUCGGGUUUGCGACCCUCAAGGAGGACGUGCAGUCGUUUGGGCCGUUGGGUGUUGCUGGCUUUGCGAUUGAUUCGAAUGGGAAUUCGAAUGGUACGAUUAUUCGGGCGGCGGCUACGCGCUCGGUCUCCUCGUCUGGGUGGAUGAGUGCAGUGUUGCUUGUGGCGUCCGGUGCCGUGACCGCCGCAUUGUACCUAUGA